GUUGUUUCUGUGUUUGCUUCGAGUAGACUGUUCUUUCGCGUAGCGUCUCCCAUCGCGUCGCCUGUGACUUCUGGUUUUUUUUUCUUCGUGUGCGUGUGUGUUACUGGUUAAUUGUAGAAGAAAUAAAUCAACCAAACAAAUAAAUACUCCCUUAUUAUUAUUGUGAGAGUUUGAAUCUACUCAUUUUUCUUUCUUUAAAUUUCGGUCAUCUGUCGUUCAAUUAUUAUUUUUUGUUCUUCCCCGUUUUGGAAACACGCAACCAAAUCGUAUAUUCUCGAGGUAGUCUAUUCGUGAAGCACACGCCUACAUACGUAUUUUCGCUGAAAGCAGUUUCUUGGGAUAUUGUAUCGCCAAAAUGCAAGGUGGAGCUCCUAACAACACCAACCCGUACGGCAGCUACCAGGCCGGCGCAGGUGCUGGUGCCGGUGGUUACUCCUCCCCGCAGCAGCCACAAGCGGGUGGCAUGCAGGGCUACCCCCCAGCGGCCGGCCGCGGAGGUUACUAUCCUCAACAGCAGCAGCAGCAGCAGUACGGCGGCGGCUACGGGGGACAAGCGUACGGCCAGGGUUACGCCCCGCGUGGCGGUUACCAGCAGCAACAGCAGAUGCCGCCCCAGCAAGGAGGCUACGCACCGCGUGGAGGCUACUACCAGGGCGGCGGCUACGGCGGCAGCGGCGCUCAGCAGGGCUACGGCGGCCCCGCACAAACGAACCGUGGCGGUUACGGUCAGGGCUACUACCCCCAGCAACAGCAGCAGUCCUACCAAAACCAGGGCUAUAAUGCGAACAACCAGUACGGCAACAUGUCCCGCGGCGGCUUCCAGGGUGGUGCCUACCGCAGCCAGCAGCCUUACGGUCAGCAGCAGCAGGGCCGUGGCGGCUUCCAGCGCGGCGGUCGUGGCGGUCGUGGCGGCCGCGGCGGACGUGGCGGCCAAGGCGGCGCUCGCUUCAACGAGUCCUUCGCCGUCGUCCACCUCGACAGCUACGCCCAGCUGGAGGAGGCGGGCCGCAAAGGGUCCACAGAGGAGAUGGUACCGGCGGACGUGCUGGCCGGCAUCCGCGGCCGUUCCCGCGGUGGCCCUAUCCGCCUGCUCGUGGUAAUUCAAAAGAAGUACGUCGCGGCCUGUCUCUCGCUGCCACGUCACUCCGACGAUGCGCUGCUCUCUGAGAAGACGGCGGAGACCUUUAUGCAGGUGCCGUGCGUCACGGCAAACCACGCGAACCGUCUGGUGGACCUGUCCAACGGCAGCAGCAUCCAGGGCGCCGUGUACGGCAUCCUGCGCUCUCUGAUGGUGAUGCUGACUCCUUUUGACAAGCCCCAGGCGGCACCGGCCGAGGACCAACAGCCGGUGGACGUGCAGGCGAAGACGACCGAUGACCUGCUGGAGGCGCUGACGAAGGACGUGGCCACCUACGAGGCGGUACUGACUGCCAUGUCGGCCGACUCCGACGAGUCCACGCAGCUGUUUGCUCGUCUGAUGCGCAUGGACGCUGCCGCGGAGGAGGGUGAGCCGGAGAAGGAGCACGACGAGGCAGAUGAGGCAGAGGAGGCGGGUGAGGAGGACGGCGGGGAGGCAAAGGAGGGGGAGAAGUCUGCGACGGCCGCGGGUGCUGGCGGGGCGGCAGCCGCUCCCAAGAAGCCGCGCCACACGCUGAUGUCGUCGCCGCAAGGCAUUCGCAUUUUGCAUGCCGCCCUCGCCGUGGGUAGCAAACGCAGCGUCUUUUUUGAGAAGUUGACGCCGCCGCCUGCGAAGGCCGAGGUCGACCCGCUGGCUCGCCUGGAGUGGACGACCUCCCUUCGCCUGCUCAACCCGCUUUUCCAGUACCCGCUGCUCUCCGACCUCACGUUUCAGUUCUUCGGCGUCGUGCCCGUGGGUGCGUCGGACAUGAAGGCGACGAAGCCGAAGGCGGCCGAGUUGAAGGCACUUUGUGACGCCUUCGCCCGCUACGGCGUCUUUCUGUGCAGCUCCGCCGCCUCCGGCAACAUGAUUCUGUCGCUGCUGGACGCGCUCGACCCGAAGCAGGCGAAGACGAUCGCCGCGGAGCGGGCGGCGGAGGAGGCAGGGACGCGGAGGCCCGGCACGAAGCGCGGCCGCGACGGGGAGGAGAACGCCGAGACGAGCCCCGACGACGCCGCCGCGCAGAAGGCCAAGAUGGAGGGGGAGAAGACGGAGGAGGAGGCGAAGCCCGCCGCGGUGGAGCAAGUGCACGCCCCCGCCAGCCUGGCCGAGUUCAACGCUCCUACCGGGCCGCAGGACUGGCAUUUGUACUAUGCCAUCGCGGAGUCGUGGUGCACGGGCGAACAGCCCCUGUCGCGGCGCCGAAAGACACGCUUCACGACGCCCGCCCAGCAGGAGGCUGACGCCGCCGAGGCGCAGAAGCCGGCGACGGUAGAGGGUCGCCUUCAACACGUCAGCCACCACGCGGCUGGCUCCUUUUUGAUACGCUACAUGAUGCCGGUCUUCGCGGACGCCGUGCUGGCCUCGUUGAAGAACCCCGCAAGCCGUAAGAAGAAGGAGCACGACGCGUUUGUGCGCAACUGCGAGACGCUGCUGACAGCCAUGGUGUCGAGCUGGACGUCGACGGAGCCCAGCUACACGGAUGGCUACAUCUUCCGCUCCUUCUUAACAAGCCUCGGGGCUCGUGCUAUUCCGGGCACACCCAUCGAGGCCGCUCUGCGGACCCUCAACGAGGGUAUCGUGAACACCAUCUUUGAGUCGUCGCGCGAGAAGUACCGCUCGCACUGCGUGCAGGAGGCGUUGACGGUGGCGCGGCAGACGAAGGACGGCGGCCAGUUUGUGCUGCAGGUGGCGCGCGCACUGAUGGAGAAGGGCGAUGAGGCGCUGCUGAGUCUCGCUAUCAGCCCCUCCGGCAACUACGUGGUGCGCCACCUGUGCGGACAGCUGACGGACUACGCGACCGGCAAGGUAAGCGCGGCGGAGCCGGAGGUGGUCGAGGAGGCGAAGGAGUUGGAGGCCAAGUACUUUCAAUUUAUGAGCACCAACAUGGCGAAGCUUAGCGGCGUUCAGUACGGCCGUGGCCUGGUGGGGUGGCGCGGCGAGCAGGCGGCGCGCUUCUCUCAGUCGCCCGCGCCCGCGACGCCAGCCGCGCCCGCGGCAUAG